AGGUGGGUGGGUGGGUGAAGAACGCAGCUUGCUGUGCGGUCGUUAGCAAAUGCUAUAGAUCCUCUCGCCCGCGUCUCUACCUCGCGAAGGUUUUUGUUUUCUCCUCCUCCUCUUCCUCUCUCUCUCUCUCUGAUCCUUUCUCUCACCGUAGACGAACAGACAUGAGCCGGCACUUCAUCAAAACGGAGGAGAUGGAGCGCACGACGCGGCUGUCCUACCUCCUGUCCCCUUCGCGCCCUAUGUCGCCAGGAGAGGCGCGCUUUCGCUAUCACGGGUACUUCCGCGGAGCUGCGGUGGUGGGGUUUCUGCUGUACUUCGUCUACUGCAACCCCGAGUACAGUUACACGUACACGGCGCUGCGAGCCCAAGUGGGGUGGGACAAGGAACCGCCGAUGUUCCCGCAGUACCUCAAGGUGGUGCCUUCGCCGUCUGCGCCGCCAAGGCUGUUGUGA